GCCAGCCAAAGGGCAAGAAAGACAAGAUGGCUGACAGCGACCUUGCCAUGCAAUGUGAGGCUCAGGGGAGGAUGAUAGAACAGCUGAAGAGCAUGAUACGGGAGAGGGAGGAAUCUAUAAAAGCCAAAGAUAAGGAGUUACAGGAAACAAACGCAAAAAUAUCCAAAAUGAAACUGCAGGCAAAAGCUAAAGUAGCAAAGGAGGCAAAAUCUGCUGCCAAGAAAACAGAAGAUGUCCCAAAAGAAUCAGAUGGUGCUGCGGGAGAUGAUGACACACAGACAGACAAAGCGGGGAAGGCAAAGCUGAUCAUGCUGAAGAGGAAGCUGGAGGAAAAAGACCGGAUCAUCGCGGACAAGGAGGAGCAGCUUGCCACCAAAAACGCUCUCAUUGAGGCCAAGGUCAAGGUCAUAUCCGAGCAGGAAGAGGCCGUCAAGACUCUGUCGUCACAGCUGGAGGGAAACGCCAAUCUGAUUGCACAGCUUCAGACGGAACAGAAAACGAAGAGCUCCACUCCAGAGAGUGGAGUCCAGGAGAUGUAUGCCCAGAUAGUGUACAAAGACAAUAAGAUCAUGGAGCUCAACAAUAAGAUUCUGGAUCACGAAAAGAAAAUGAUGGAUCUACAGGAAUUUAUCUCGGAGAAAAACGAGGUCAUCAAGGGACGAGACAAAGUGUUUGAGAUUUUACAGACAACCAUCAGAGAAAAAGACCAGAACAUCCAAGGUCAGGCCAUGUUGAUAUCCAAGCUCUCGGCUAAAGUAGAAAACUAUGAGGAGGAGAUAGCUGAAAUGAAGGAACAAGUUGAGAAGGCCAAUCAUGCAUUGAAACUGGAAAGUGAAAAGUUCGACAUGAAACUUAGAGAAACUCAAAAAUACUUUGAAGAAUCUCUUACGGAAAGUCAGGGACUAGUGGCAAGUCUUCGUGAAAAUGUGAAAGUGAAAGACGAUGAAUUGUUGUUGAGAGAAAACGACCUGCGAGAACUGAUAUCAAAGCAUGAAAAGGACAUUCAGAGGAUUAUGGCCAAGGGGGAAGUGGAUCUACAAGACCAUGUGUUAAAAAUGUUAGAACAGAAACUGAAAGACACAAAUGAAGUUUUGGAAGGAAAAAUCAAAGUCAUUGAAGUACUUCAAAAGGAAGUGACUGCUAAGGACAGGGAGAUUGAGGAAGGUUUACACGUGCAGAAAAACUUUAAGGAAAAACUACAAACCACCUCAGAACAGUUAAUGUUGAUGCAGGCUAAUAUUGUAGACAUGGAAAUUCAGUGGAAGGAUGAAAAAAAGAAACUAGAUGCCAAAAUUCGAGAUCUCAUUGAAAAGCAGGAAUUGGAGAGAACCGAAAAAGAGCUGACAGUGCAGACCAUGCAAGGCCAGCUGUACCAGUACCAAACAGCCUACACCCAGGCGGUGACCCAGUACAACAGCCUGCAGGAGCGCUUCCAUCACAGCACGCGCCCCGGGGGAGCCGUUCCUGCUGCUCAGGUACAACCGGUGGAGGAGACCAAACUCCAGGCUCCCGAGCAGAUGGACGCUACAGCUCAAGUGAUGGCUGAUCUUAAAGAAAAACUGCUAGAAAAAGAGAAGAUCAUUAAAGAACUGGAACAUUUUAAGAGUGAUUUUGAGGCAGCUCAUGUUCAAUUGGAAGAUCUACAAAAGAAGAUGGACUCAAAGGUUGAAGAGUUGAAGAAAAACCUAAAAGCUGCUGAGGACACUAGUGCCAAAAACCUAAAACAAAAAGCCCAGUUAACUGCAAAGAUCAAGACUCUGGAGAAGGAAAAUGGAGAACUUAAGGUCUCUCUCUCUACUGCGGAGAAUAAACACAGAGAGGACAUUGCAUCACUACAAGAACAGCAAACCAAAGCAGAGGAACUCCUCCAGAAAUCGUCAAAUGACUCAGGCUCACUGGAAAAAGAGGUAUCCACAGUGACUGCUGACAACAGCAAACUUCAGGAGCUCAAUAAAAAUCAAGAGAAAGAAAUAGAAGAACUAAAAGUAACUCUUCAAAGCAAAGAAGAGAGUUUGCUGUCCAUGUCGUCUGAUCUUGAAGGUAAAGUAAAGGAAAUUCAAUCUCUUCAACAGAUGUUACAUCAACAUGAAACCGAAAUGACUGAGUUAAACCAGUUAAAACAAGAAAGUGACUCAGAAGUCAACAACUUAAAAUCUCAAUUAGAAGAUUUAGAUAAUCAAUUAAGGAGUUUGAAUUCAAACUCUGAUGUAAAAGACACUGAAUUAGACUGCUUGAGGAAAGAGUGCAAAGACAAAGAGAAGACAAUAAAUGAUCUCAAACUCAGUGUGCAAGAUAAGGAAACAGUUACUAGUAAAUUACAAGAAAGUGAAAGUGCCCUUAAAACCGAAUUGUGUUCAUUACAAACUGAAAAUAAAGAAAAGGAAUCUAUCAUUCAAUCAUUAAAUGUUCAGAUUGAGGAAUUAAAACAUUCACUAUCGGCCAAGGAUUCAGAGUUAGUAGACAUUCAUUCAAAGUUUUCCGAAUCACAUUCCAAGUUAAUAAGCAUUACCUCUGAUAAGGAAAGUCUUUCAAAUGAACUGCAACACACUAACGAGAAGUUGGAUGUUGUCUCCAACCAGUUGAAAGAACUUCAAGAAGAGAAAGAUUUUAUAUUAAAGGAGCUGGAAGAAAAGAAGGAAAACAUCAAAGAGUUAUCCAAAAAAGUAGAUGUCCUAAAUGAAAAUCUUUCAGACAAAAACAAUGAACUUGAAAGAAAGGACUCGGAAUCGAACCAUAUUAAAUCAGACUUGAAUGAAGUGAAAACAUCUCUCUCUGAAUUAUCUAGUCAGAAAAGUGCAGUUGAUCGACAGUUGGAGGAGUUACAAACAGUGUGUAAAGAGAAGGAUGAACAGAUUCAGAAUCUGUCUUCUAGUUCAGAGGAUAGCGUAAAAUCUUUGCAAGAACUUGUAGCUGAAAAAGACUCAAAAAUUCAGAGUUUGUUGGAUACUGUCAGUGAAUGUGAAGUAAAGUUAAAAGAAAUGGAGAAUGGUGUAAGAAUUUCAAAAGCUGAAAGUGAUGAGAAAGUACAAAAGUCAGAACAGGAAUUAAAUGAAGUUCGUGAAAGGCUUGAAAGUAAAUUAUCAGAGUUAGAAGAAACAAUUCUGGUUAAGGAUGAUGAAAUAAAAAGAGUGACAAAUAAAUUAUCAGAGACAGAUUCUGGGCAUAGCUCGAAGGUUGAAUCUCUUCAAAGUGAAAUAAAAACUCUGCUCGACAAUCGAUCUGCUUUGUCCAAAGAACUAGCUGCAAAGAAGGAAAGUUUCAAAAAGAUGGAAGAGCAAAUAGUGAGCCUUCAAAAUAGUCUUGAAAAGAAAGAGGAGACUCUUCAGGAAAUGUUAUCUGUAAACCAAACUCUGAAGGAUGAGAACCAGAAGCAAGCAGAAUUUCUGCAGCAAAAGACACAGGACCUAGAAGUGGUACACCAGGAAAGGGCAGAACUUACAGAGUCACUUGGAAAAUUAACCAGGGAGAUGGAAGAAAAAUCCACAGAAAAUAGCAUGCUGACAGAAAAGAAUUUGAUAGAAGAGAAAGAUAGAACAAUAUCAACUUUAGAUACUGAUUUAAAGAAGAAUGAAGAAAAAAUGUUCACUCUAAGCAAUGAUUUAGAAGAAAAAGUAAAAUUGAUUGAUAGUCUUAAUGCUGAAAAAAGUGCUACUAGAACUGAAAAUGAGGAGUUAUUGAAAAUAAUUGACAUGAAACAAUCUGAUAUAGAAAAUAAGACUGCCCUGUUAAUGGCAUUUGAAAGAGACAAUAAUGAAAGAAUGGAAGAAAUCAACAAACUAAAUGAACAAGUAAACAUUGGAGAAAAACAAUUGCUAGAUAUCAAGAAAAAGCUGGAAGAUAAAUGUAAAGAACUUGAAGAAAAAGACCAGUCAUUGGAGGAAAAAAGUGCUAUUUUUGAAGAGCAAGCUAUCAAAGUAAGUGACCUAACAAAUCAAAAGAAUGAUUUGGAAGUUCAGUUGAAUUCUGCUAAAGAGAAAUUAGAAGAACUUGAAAACUUAAACUUAGAUUUAAGAAAGAAAAAAGAUGAAAAUGCAGUGGAAAGUGAGCAUUGUAUUAAUGAACUUAAAAGGGAAAUUGACGAGAAACAGGCAUGCGUGGAAUCAAUUACUAAGAUUAACACAGAGAUAUGUGAUGAACUAGAGCUAUUGAAGGAGGAGAACAAGAAUGAUGCUUCAAGAAUAGAAAAGUUGAAAAGUGACCUUCAAACACAGAUAGAAAAGGGAACAUUGCUUGAAGAGGCCAAUGUCCAGAUUAAAUGCGAGGUCAAAAGACUAGAAGAGGAAAAUAAUAGUCAUAUUGAAAUUGCAGAAAGCCUCAAGGUUUCUUCUGAACAAAUUCAAUUGGAGAAUAAUUUAUUAAAAGAAAGCAUUGAGGACAAAGAGAAAGAAAUAAUUGACCUUAAAGUUAAUGUUGAACAGCUUGCAACUGAAGUCAAUGCAACAAAAGAGUUCAGUGCUAAGAAAGAUACUGAAAUAAAAAAAUUAAAUGCAAUCAUUUGCGAAGAGAAAUCACAAAUUUUGAAAGAAAGAGAGAAGUUGGAAAUUCUAGAAAAAACAGAAGCUGUGGCAAUAGAUGACCUAACGAAGACUGUAAGUAAUUUGAACCAAUCGUUGUCUGACGCUGAGUUAGCUUUGGCAGCAGCAAACAAGGAGAUUGAAGAUGUCAAACGUACUUACGGGGCAAAUGUUCAGCACCUGGAGAGUAAAUGCAAUGAGCAAGAAAGUAUGUUACAAAAGUCUCAUGCCAGGUUGCAGGAAUUGGAGACCUCGGUAAUCCAUUUCAACGAUAAUCUAAAAGAUAGGAAUGAGGAAAUUGAGGCAUUGAAAGAAACCACAAAAUGUCUUGAAGAAAAACGUAAUAUUGGACUUCAAGAGAUUCGGGACUUGCAAGGAGAACUGGCAAACUUAACAGAAGAAAUGUCAUCAAAACAGAAAGAACUAGCUUUAAUCACUGAAAAUGUGGAAACAAUAAAACAAGACAGUGCCACAAAAAUGGCAAAUUUGCAUGAUGAUCUUGCUAAAACAAAAGAAGAGGUUCACACAGAACAGGAAAAAUGUAGAAUUAUCACAAAUACUCUUGAAGAAAAGGAAAAUAUUUUUCAGAAGACCACACAGGAAAAUGAAACGAAAAUGGAAAAAGUGUAUGAUGAGCUUAAAGAAAAAGAAACGAGGAUAUCAAAUUUAAACGAAACCUUAAAUGCAAAGGAGGAAUGUUUAAGAAAACUCGAGGAAUCACACUCUAUAAAAGACAUUCAAAUUGAUAGAAUGAAAUCUGAAAUUACUGAUUUGCAGAACAAUGCAACAAAGUCUCUUAACACAGUUGAAGAUUUGAAAACUGAAAUAGACCAGUUGAUGCAAAGAAUAUUUGAAGCUGAAAAAGAUAAAGAAAAAAUUCAAAAGUUGUGUGAAAACAGCCAAGCAGAAAUCCAGGGUCUAGAAAAAACGGUAAAGGAAAAUGAUGUCACCAAUUCCUCAUUGCAAGAAGUACUGCAGCAAACAGAGAAAACCUUGGAAUGUAAAGCCAAAGAAGUUAUAGAAAUGAGGAAGGAGACAUGUAAACUAAAUGUAGAAAUAGAAAAGUUACAAUCAUAUUCCCAGUCAUUAUACACACAGUUGAGUGAAAAAGAACAGAAUGUUACUUCAUUGGAAUCUAUAUUAAAAAAUACGUUGAAUGAUUUAGAAGCUUUGAAGAUAGAUAAAUCAUCUGCAGAAGAAGAGAAUUUUUCAAAAAUUCAAGAUUUAAAGACUAAAAAUAUGAAGACAGAACAGCUUCUUUUACACAGAGAGGCAGAAUGGCAAAGUCUAAAGGAGGAUGUGAAUACGCUUAUGUUAGAUAGAGAUUGUCUAGUCAAAUGGAUACAGUCUGAUGAUGAGACUACAUUAGAGGAAUCCGCUGUCUCUGAAGAAAUGACUCACGUUUUUAAACAUGUUAAUAUGUUGAAGUUGACAGGGAAAGUGGCAAACGAUGAAUCUAUUAAAAUGAAAAUCCAGAUUGAUUUACUGAAGCAAGAACUAGAAAAUGUAGAACAGAAUCUGGAAUCAGUCAAAUCUAGUCAUUCUCAUACUUCUUUAGAGCUUGUAAAAGAAAGGAAAGAAGUUUCAAAAAUGCAUAGUGAUCUCAAAGAUGUUAUUAAUGCAAAAGACGAACUUCUUAAGCAACUUGAUCAAAGGCUACAUGAGAACGAAGAGAAAGACAUUGAAGUAAAGUCUUUGAAGUGCGUAAUUGAUCAGCUGAAACUAGAGAGCACAAAUGAGCUAACCGUUCUACAACAGAGUCAUGAUGAACUAGUGCAAAAAACAAAAGACACGCUGCAAGAAAUGUACAAAGAAAAGGAUAAGCUGAUACAGGAGCUCAAGGCAUUAAAUGAGAAAAAUCAGCUUUCUUGCAAGAAGUUAGAAGCAGCUGAGAAACAAAUGGAGACUUUGCAUACUGAAAACGUAGAAGUGAGUUCUAAAUUAGCACAGCUUAAAGAUGAGAACGAGAGCUUUGUAACCAAAAGUGAUGCUCUUCAAGAAACAAUAAAAAUACUUUCGGAAGAGAAGUCAAGCUACCAAAAUGAUAAAAGAGAAAAAUUAGAUUCAAUAAAAAAGCUUAAAGACGAACUAGAAUCAACAUAUAACUUGGUAGAGGAGUCAGAAAACAAAUUGCAAAAUGCACUUACAAUGCAAAGUCUUAAGCAAGAAGAAUUUUGUCAGGAAAAAGAAGAUUUAUUGCACAAAGUCGACAAUUUGACCAACCAGAUUGCAAAGAUGCAGGAAUCAUUGACAGUUCUGGAAAAUGAGAAGUCUGCUUUUCAAGAAGAUUUAAAGACGAAAAAACAACAGUUGGAGACCAACGAUAAUGUAAUUGAGUCGCUUAAUCAAGAAAACCACACAUUGAGGCAAAAUGUAGAAUGUUUCAAACAGGAUUUAGAAAGGGAAUUGAAUAAAGAAAGAGACAACAAGAGUAAUCUCCAGGAUGAACUUGUUCAGGUCAAGAAGCAGAUUAAAGAUAUCGAAAAUGCACUGGAAUUAAGUAUAGAAGAGAUCAAUGAUAAGGAGCAGAGGAUUCAGAAAUUGCAAGAAGAAAAUGCCAAAUUAACUGAAAUAGAGUCGAACCUUAAGGAAAAGGUUGAGGAGCUUUCUGAUUCAUACGCAGUAGAAAUAAAACAGAAAGAAGCUUAUGAAGAAAGUAUUAACAGCAAGACUAAGACAGUAAAAGAAUCGUUAGCGGAAAUAAAGAAUCUUCAAGAAUUGAACUCAAAGCUCAACUCUACCUUGGAAGAGAAAGAGACAGUUAUUGUGCACCAAAAAGAAAAACAAUUGGAACUAGUAGAAACCUUGGCGAGGACACAGCAGGAAGUAUGUGCUCUUAAUGAGACUGUUGCGAGGUUAGAACACCAAAUAAUUUUGGAAUGUAAAAAAGGUACUGAAAUUUCACAGGAAAAUGAUGAUCUGAUAAAGUUUAAUUGUAAAAUACAAGAGGAUCUCGAAAUUUUGCGCACAACUGUCGACGAACUAAACGAGAAGAAUCAAAGCGCUCAAGAAUACAUAAUGGAAAUUAAAGACUCUUUAGAUUUGAGAACAAAUGAAUUAUCUUGCCUAUGCAAAGAAAAAGAAAAGAUGACGAUAAAGGUGGAGUCAUUGCAGAGUGACUAUGAAACAUGUUUAAGCGAGAAGCACAAUUUCGAAGAAGUCGUGAAAGAACUCAAAGACAGUUUGAAUGACAAACUUUUGUCACUUAGCAUUAAAGACAAGGGAAACAACGAGCUUAAUUCUAGGGUGGUAGCAAUGGAGUAUGAAAUUAUACAGUUUAGAGAAAAGAUAUGCAAACUUGAAGAAGAAAAACAAAUCUUUGAAAACAAAAUUGCAGAACUUGAUGAUUGUUGUAAAUCUGUCAUGCGUGAUAAAACAGCACUUGAAAUAAAAGUAAAAAAAGCAGAAGAUGAAAAAGAAGAUCUCGUUUCUAAAUAUUCCGCAGUAAAAACGGAAUUUGAAAAUUUAAAUGAAUAUUGUCAAGACCUUGACUGCCAGUUUAAGAAUUUAUCAAAAGAAACAGAGGAUGUGAAAAUUGAAAAUGACUUGCUAAGCAAAUCUGGUAUAGACAAAGAUCAGGAACUGAAAAAUCUGUUGUCAGAGAUAGACGAGUUGAAGUCGGUUAACCAAAGUCUUGGUAUGUCACUUAAUGAAUCAGAGGCAGAACUUGAGAGACUAAAGCUUGACUUACAAAAGAGUUUUGAUAUGAAUCAAGAAAAAGAAAGUUUACUUCAUCAAAGCAUGAUGGAAUCACAACAUCAAUCUGAAGAAAAGAAGAAACUCGUUGAGUCCGUUUUCAGUGUGAAAAGUCAACUCGAUGCGGUUAACCUUGAAAAAAUUGAGCUUGAAAAAAGUUUGGCCAAAGCAGAUGAGAGCAUUUUAGCAUUAAAAAAUAAACUACAGGAUUUAGAACUUUCAAAAACAAAACUUGAGGAAAUAUUGCAAAAUAAUAAAACUCAUAACGAAGACCAUAUGAGAACCUUAGAGAGCCUAGUUGAAUCACUCAGAACUGAAAGCAAGAAGAAAGAAGAUAUACAGAGCAGUGUCAAUGAAACGCUGUUGGAGGAAAAAGAGAAGCUAUCAACAUCGCUUCAAGACUUUGAAGAAAAACUGCUCAAUACAGAGACAAAGCUUCACAAAAUACAAGAAGAGCAACAUCAAUUGCAAAAUAGCAAUGCUUCUCUUUUGGAAGAAAACGAAACACUUUCUGAAAAAAUUUUCACGAUUGAGAAUGAAAUGUGUGUUUUACAAAGUGAAAUUGAAGAAAUGCAAAGCAAGAUCUUAUCGGAGAAAGAAAUGAGUGCAAAACAAUUUAAAGAAAAACAGUGUGUCAGAGCAGAGCUACUACAGAAGGAAAAUAUGUUAUCUUCUCUUCAGCAUGAAUUCAAUGUUCAUCAUGAUUUACUGCAACAAAAAGAAGACAACAUAAACAUGUUGCAACAUCAAAAGUCAAUAGAGAUAGAAUCUUUGAAUGAAGAGAUUUAUAAUUUGAAAGAUCAGAUCCAAAUUCUUCAAGGCAAUGUGUUGAAGGAAAUUAAAGAGAAAACAAGUUUCUCAGACAGACUCUCUAGAUUUGAAUCAGAAUGUUCAGUUAUAAAAGAAUAUACUGAGGAUUUGGAAAGCCGCCAAAUUGAACUUACAGAAGUAAUUCAAAAAUUAAGGAAAGACGCAACUGUUCGAGAGAAGACGCUUUAUUCUGAAAUUAACUCAAAGAUCAACACAAUUGAUAGCUUAAACAAACAAAUAACAGAAUUACAGAUAUCUAUUGAAAGUAAAGAUGAAAUACUGAAACAGGUUAGCUGUGAACUCACAUUAACGAAAGAAUUACAUUCAACAUCUGAAAACAAAUGCAAACAAAUUAAUUGUAGAUCAUUGGAACUUGCGUCUGAUUUGGAAAAGGAAAUUCAGUUAAAAAGCAAAUUAUUCUUAGAUAAUGAGCAGUUGUGCAAUUUGCAGAGCAGACUAGAGAAGAAGAUAGUUGAUUUAGAGAAGAGGAUUCAUGAAGAUGGUGAUGCGAAGAGUAAGUUAGAAAAUACACUGAAGAAACAGUUAAAUGAAUGCCAGGCACUAGAAAAGAAAUUAGAGCAGUACAGUUCAGGCUGGUCGGAGGAAACAUCUACAAAAGACCUGGAAAUUCAAGAACUUAAAACAAAAAUUGAUGUAUUGCAAGACGAAUAUGAAUUGGUGAAUACAGACAACCAUGGAAAGACAUGUUUGCUUCGAAAAAUGAACGAUGAUUUGAGGUUUAAGACAAAUAGAAUUUGCGAAAUGCAGUCGAAAUUGGAUGAAUUUGAUGAGAAAAAUGAGUUCCUUCAAUCUACUUUAAACAGUGAAAUAAAAACUAGGAAACAAAUUUUGAUUGAACACGAAGAAUUGGGUUGUAAAGUUAAAGCACUUGAAGACGAGGUAGUACGUUACACAGAGAAUCUGUGUGCACUUGAAGCAGAAAAGCAAAAGUUAGAAUGCGAACUCAGUAAUCAUAAUGAAAGCAGAGAAAAUAUCCUGUUAAAGAACAACGAGCUUAUAGAAGAAUGUUCCUCCUUGAAACACCAAAUUGAAGAAGCAGAAAACCGUAUUCAAAACUCUUUUGAAAAAUUGAAUAAGGGUGAAGAAGUUAUCGGUCAGUUAAAGGCACAAAACGCAGCAAUGGAAAGCCGCAUCCAAGAAUUGCAAAAAGAAGCACAAUAUCUUGAUGACUGCUUGAAAGACAAAGGUGCAGCAGUUUUAACGCUUACACACCAAGUUGAUUCUUUAACCGAGAUAAAGACAAAGUUAGAAACUAACAUUAAGGAUUUGCAAAAUGUUGGUAAUGAGCUGAAAAAUAAAAACGAUCAGAUCAUUAACAUGAUGAAAGAGAUAGAAGAAUUAAAAUUUAGAGAGAAUGAACAAAGUCAUGCUAAAGCGAUGCUGGUCUCUCAGUGCGAAAAUUUUGCAGAGAAACUAGAGGAUAACACAGCUCUGCUCAAAAAUGAAAGACAAAAGAAUAAUAAUUUAAGGCAAAAGCUCAGUGACAGAGAAGCAACGUUUGAUUUUGCUGUAAAUGAAAAGUCUCAUUUGAGCGAAGAAUGUGAACAACUUAAGUUCUGUCUAACAGAGAAAGUUGACCAAUGUGAACGGUAUUGCAAAGAGAUAGAUACUCUAAAUCAAAACAUAAAGGGAAAGGAAGAGAGCUUGAACGGCUUGAAAGAAAACUUACUGAAAAAAGAAACUGAAUUUGAGAACCUUCAAAAGAAUUAUGCCACAGUCUGUGAAGAAAUGGAUGCAACGGCUAAAGAAUUAAAGGAUACUCGAGAAAAUUUAAGCACACAAUUGCAGUGCGUUGAAUCAUUACAGAGAAAGAACGACAUGAUUUUAUCGGAAAAUGAAGACCUGCAAAGUGCAAAACACAGUGUAGAUGUGAAAAAUAAGUUAACUUUAACAGAAAUUAAAAAAAUGAAAGGAAAAAUGAACGAUAAAGAACAAGAAAUAGCUCAAGUUAAAAAAUCCUUUGAAUUCAUAGAAACGCUGAAAUUGGAAAGUGAACUUAAGUUGAAAAAUGUGAUUAUGGCCUUAAAAACUGAAUCAUGUCCAGAAGCAGACGUUGAUGGAGAUGAAAACGAGUUUACUUUUAAUCAACUUGAAAAGGAACUCCAGAAAUUGAGAGAAGCAACAGUGAAGGCAAGUGAAGAAAACUCAAAGCUAAAAGCAGAAAGUGAAAAUAGAGAAUUGCUUUUGAAGAGAGCAUCCCAAUCACAGGAAGAACUGGCCAAGAAAUGCAGUGACACAGAAAAUCGUAUAGAGCAGAUAAUUCAAGAGAAAGAUUUAUUUGAGUCUGAACUAUUACAAACCAAGAGUGAGUAUGCUACAUUGCAAGAGCAGAUCCAUGUUUUAACGGAAAACAACAGCAUUAUGGCAAAGCAGCUUCAUGAGAAAGAGCAAUUGUUAUAUGACCUCAAAAAAGAAUUGGAAAAGAAACAGAAAAAGAAUAAGGACUUAUUAAAUGAUCAGGAAAGUUCAGAUCUGUUAGCAUCAAAGAGGGAAUCUACAAUAAAAGAUCUUGCUGAACGGGUGUCACAGUUGGAAUUGUCCCUUGAAAAGGAAUAUUCCGAAAACUCGGAGCUAAAAGUGUCUGUCGAGGAAAAAGAAAUGUGCUUACAGCAGCAAAAUGCAACAUUGUCUGACUAUAAAACCAAACUUGAUAACAUUCAACAAAAUUCAGAAAUGAUGCAAAGUGCUGCUAAGGAAAAUCAGAAGGAAGAAUCAGAAUCAAUUAAACAAGAGAUGAAAGAAAAAGAGGAAAAGCUGAUAAAACUUCAGACUGAAGUGACAAAAUUAGAGAAACUUUGUCGAGCAAAAGAUGCAAAGUUAGCUAAACGAACAGAGGAAAGCAAAAGUCAGAGUGAUAGUCUGUUAGAGGAAAAAACUCUUACUCUCGAAAAGACUUUAAAUGCUCUACAGUUAGAAAGAGAUGGUCUCGUUUCAGAAAUGCAGAAAAUACAGAAAAUGUAUAAAGGUAGAGAAAUAAAGAUCAAAAAAUUAGAGGAGUUGAUUUCGGAACAAGAGAGACAUUUGAGUGAGUAUGAAGCAGAGAGUAUCAUUCUUAAAGAAAGCGUAAACGAACUCAAUGAAAAAGUGGAAGAUGCUAGAUAUGAAGAACAAUGCGCACAAAAAGAUUUACAGAGGAUGAUGAUUGAGCAGGAAAAUACAAUGGAAAGUGUUGAACAGUUACAACAAUCAAUUGGAAACACAAACAAAGAAAAUACUGCACUUAAGCAACAAAUUCAGGAAUUGAAAGAAGGUUAUCAAAUUUCGAUUGAAUCGGUAAGAAUACUGGAAAAUAAAAAUACAGAUUUAGAUCUUAUUACGAAGAAGAAAGAUGAAGAAAUUCACAGAUUAACAGCCCAUUUAUUAGGUGUUGAAGAAGACCAACAAAAAACAGUGUCUGAAUCCAAAAAACUUUCAUUGGUCACGAAAGGAAAGGAUGCCAAAGUCAAGAAACUAGAGGAAAUGUUAAAACGGAAAGAUGAAGAAUUGGAAGUGCUCAAUAUUCAGCUCAGAGAGGCAUCACGUUUGUAUGAAAGUGAAAUAAAAAAAGACGAAUCAAAACGUCAAGAAAUUCUUCGAUUACAAAAGCUAGGAAAAGGAAAAGAAGCAAAAGCAAAAAAGUUCGAAGAUGUGGUAUCUUUGCAAGAAAAGCUUUUAGCUGAGAAAGAAACUGACUCAGUUAUUCUUCAAGGUAAAAUUUCGGAGAUGAGUAUAAAGAUAAAUGCACUUGAAUCUGAAGAAGUGCAUUUAAGAAAAGAAUUGGAAGAUAGUUUUAAAGAAAUUGAAGAAUUAAAACACACUUGCAAAGAUUUUGAAAAACGAGAACUUGACCUCAAUCAAAAUAUAAAAAAGAAAAACGAAGAAAUUGAAAAAUUAAAUGCCGACUUUAAAACUAGUAAAGAAAAUUUCAACUCAUUGCUGUUAGAGAAAAGAGAUUUAGAAAAACAAAUUGUUGACGUGCAAAAUAUCAUGUCACAAACAGAACGAAAAUUGUGUACAGUAGAACAAGAAGUAGUGCGAUUAAAUGAAGAAUUAGAAAAAGUGAAAAAGGAUAAGGAUGCCAUUUCUUUUGAAAGAGAAAAAAUGAAAAUGAUAGAAAAAGGCAAAAAGUCCAAACUGAACAAAUUUCAAGAAGUUGUUGAAAAGCAGGAGAACAUAUUAACUGAAAAAGAAACUGAUUUACUAAUGAUGAAGGAACGAAUUAAUGAUUUAUCUGAAAGACUUAGUCAAAAAGAAGAGGAAAUCGAGAUUCUAAAAAGUGAUUUAGAUAGAUCUUGUCAGUUCGAGGAGUUAUGUAAACAACAUGAGCUUACAAUUUCUGAUAUACAACAGGACUUUGAAGAAAAGAGCAAAGACUAUUUGGAAGACUGCAUGAAUAACGAGAGAAAAAUUUCAAGUUUAGAAGAAAAAUGCGCGGCUUUAGAAAAUACUGUGGAAUUUCUACAACGCCAAGAGAAAGAUAUGGAAUUAGACAUUCAAUCCCUUUCUGCAUCUGCAUCGGAAACUGAUUACUGGAGAAACAGAUGUCAGAAAUUGGAAGAGAACAACGCUGGUAUUAGUGUUAUGCCAGUAGUUAGUGAUAUCAUAGAACCGCAGAAUAAUUCAAUAUCAUUUUGCACCAACCAAAAUGAAGAGUCCAGUAAAUCAGAGCUAAUAAAACCGUGUUCAGAGUCUAAUUUGUCAGCAUUAUUAGAAGAAAAACAAGCUUUAAUUCUUUCAAUGCAAGAUAAUCACCAAAAAGAACUUUCAGCUUUAAACGCAAAGCUAUCCAAAAUGAAAACACUUUGCAAAGCCAAAGAUGCAAAAUUAGCCAAACUUCAGAACUCUUCCAAAGAAGAGGAAAACAAGAUUGAAGAAAGUGGAAGCAGCGCAACCAUGGGGAGUGUAGACAACUUGUCAUUCAAUUCCAGUGGAAUUGAUAGUGAGUGGAAGGAAAGGAUUGUGCAUUCGGAGGUUGUUAUGCAACUUGAAAGAGAAAUAGAAGAUCUUAAAGAUGUCAUUCAGUCUCGUGAUGAAGAAAUUGUGGACGGAAGAAAUUUUGCCGUCAAUCAGCAAGAAGAACUGCAAACUUUAAGAGAUUAUUUGCAUUCAAAAGAAGCAGAAAUAUUUGAUUUGAAAGAAAGGAUUUAUGGAUGGGAAGAUUGGUAUGAGAAAGAGUUCCGGAAUAUCGAGGCUUCAUUACAAACAUUGGAAGACACUGUAGCAGAAAAGGAUAAUGUAAUCGCUGAUUUAAAAGAGGAACUUGAAUCUAUAAAAGAAACGUCGUUACAUGAUAAUGCUGUUGUAUUACAAGCAAAUGAAAAUGGUACACAUAAAUCUUUGGAACAAGAGCUGUCUAAAGUGAAAAGAUUAUGCAAAGGCAAAGAGGCCAAAAUAAAACAGCUAGAACAAACUAAAAAGGACCUGGAAGAAAAUUUUAAAAAAUUUGAAGAGGAAUCAAAUCGUCAAAUAGAAUGGCGUCAACUCGUAGACGAUAACCAAACUGAAAAUCAAAAUUUGCGCCAACAUAUUGAGACUUCGAAUACUGAACACCUGCAGAGGAUUAAGGAUUUUGAGUCAAUGUUAACCAAACAAACCAAUCAAAUUCUUGCUCUCAAGCAAAACUACAUUGACUUGGAAAACAAAUGCAGAAAAUUAGAGGAAGGGUCUGAACUUGUGGCAAUUGAACUUAGCAUGUUUAAGAAAGAAGUGUUUGAAGUGAUAAAAGAAGAACAAGAAUUUGUUUAUCAUGAAGCCCUGGAGUCUGCUAGUAGUCCUGUAGCAGUUUUGUCAAUGAUCCGGAAAGAAUUUUCUCAUCUCCGCCAAUCAUUUGAUGAAAAUUUUGGGAAACUAAAAGAGAAAGAUUUGUGUAUUGCGUCAUUGCAAGAAACUAAUGAGUCAACGAUGAAAAAGAUGGCUUCCUUGGAAGAUAUGGUUUACUCUUUAGAGAAGAUGAGGGAAUCUCAUGUACAUAGUCUUGAAGAAAAAGAAACCACUAUCAAAAGUCUCAAUACUCAACUGACAGCCCUUCAAAGUGAUGAAGAUGUCAAGAAAACAAUAUGCAGUUUAGAGGGUCGGAUUGCACGCUUAAAGGAUAAUUUAUCCCGUCAAGGAAACGAAAUGCAAAAUAUUCAAAUGCUAUAUAAUAGCCAAGGGGAGGAGUUAGAAGGUACAUUAAAAGCACUUGAUGAAGCAAGGAAUGUGCGCAGUUCAAAGAUGGAGGAACAAGACUUGGCUAUUACUCAUUUGCGUAAGCGACUGCACGAGGAAGAAGAGAAGUGUAGACAACUGUCAGCAUCACUGGAAGAUAACCAGCAAAGCAUAGCAGAGUUGCAACAAACAGUGCAAAGUCUCACCGAAGCUAAUCAGGCAUGGCAAUAUUAUUACCAAGAAAAAGAAAAUGAAGUUCAUUUAGUGAAUCAGAGAUGCUCAGAUUUACAAACAUAUUGCACUCAAAAAGAUGAUAUAAUAGCUGCUUUAGAAGAGAAAUCAAAAACUAUUUUGUCACAGAAAAAUAAUGAUGAGACUGCAUUAAAGGAAUUUGAUGAUUCAUUGCUUGGGGAGAUCGAACAACUUAAACAAGUUAUCGAAUCUUCUAAAGGAGAACGGAAAGAAAGCUUAAGUCGAGUGCAGUCUUUAGAGAACGAAAACUCUCGAUUGAAUGAAGAGAUAGUUAGAAAAAAGGAAGACCUAUUACAGGAAAGGACUGCCAAGACCGAAUUAGAAAACACAAUAGUUAUGCUGAAUAGCAAAUUCGAAGAACAAAAUCAACAUGUAAUAGCGCUUGAGAAGGCUUCUGUUGAUAUCUCAGCUUCUCUUCAAGAGAAAAAUUGCCAAAUAGAAACCCUAACAAGCAAUUAUAUCCAGUCUCAGGAUUUGAUUAAACAACAUCAACAAAAGGCAGUUGAAUAUGAACAGCUCUUAUCAAAGUCGGAAACAAAUGUAAAGGAAAUGGAAAAGGAAACAACUAGUUUGAAAAAAAGUCUACGUCAAGGUCACGAAGAAUUAUCGAGAAUGAAAGAGGAUUUUGAGAAGGAAAAGCGUCAGUUACUUGCUCAUUUGGAUGAAAAAGAAAACCAGUUAAUACAUUUGCAAAAGUCCAAUGAUUUCAUGGAAAGGGAAAUGCAAGAAUUAAAGAAGGAAUCUCACAAUAUAACAAAUGUUGUUAAUGAACCUAUUAUUCAAAAACAUCAAGAAAGACUUUUAGGGGCUGCACCAUCUACAUCGGUAAUGGAAAUGGAAACCACCGAGUCUAAGAAUGAUGCUGAAGGCACGAUUCAGAAACUUGAGGAGGAAAUAGCGCAGCUGGAACUUUCCAAAAGAGAGCUUACCAGUCAGGUUCAACAAUUAACGCAGGACCUGUAUCAAACACACCAAAACCAGAACAGCGACUCAAACAAAGCUGAGAUGCUUGUCAGUAAACUGAGAGGGACCGAAGAACGUCUGGAAGAAAUGAAAUCCCAAAACAUUCAGCUUCAGAAGUCAGUUUCGGAGAUGAAUGAAAGCAUCAGUCUUGCCAACUCAAAAGUAAGAGAGUAUGAAGAAUUGGUAAAGAAAAAUGGUAACAUUAUUGAAGAAUUGACUUUACAAAAGGACAGUUUAAUUAAGUCUUAUGAAGAAGAGAAAGAAAUUAGUAAAAAUGCCAUAGCAGAUUAUAUGAAUCAGGUACAUCAUUUAAAGCAAUCGGAGGAAGAAUUGAAAGCUAAUUCAGAACAAAGUCGUUUGCGAAUUGUUGAGUUGGAAAGUAACUGUUGUGAAGUAAAUGCAGCAUUUGAGAAUUUAAAACUCCAAUCUAAUGAAAGUGCAAGCAGCCUGUCAUCACAAGUAGAAAAACUUAAGAAGGAUUUAGAUAAUCUACAACAGGUUGUACGUUCUCUUGAAAGUGAAAACAAUUCUCUGGCAAGCGAGUUAAAACAUACAAAGGAGAAAGUGAAUAUUCUUGAACAUGACUAUGUAGAAUUGAAUAAUUCAAAAUCCGAAGCAGAAGAACUUGCACGAACUAUGGAAGAAAAAGAAAACAUUUUAUCCAGUUUAAUUGAAAGCAAAGAGCAUGAAGAAGGUUUGAUGAUAAAGAAAAUGAUCGAAAAAGAUGAAACAAUAUCGUCACUGUUGGAAAAAUCACAAGAAAUGGAAGAACGUUUCAAUCGAUUCAUUCAAAACAACAAUACUCUGGCAAACGAGUUGAAAGAUGAGGAAGAGAAAGUUAAAGUACUUGAACUUGAAUGCAUAGAAUUGAGAAAAUCUAAAACAGAAGCAGACGAACUUGUAAGAUCAAUGGAAGAAAAAGAAAAUAUAUUAUCUAGCUUGGUUGGGAGCAAAGAAAAUGAAGAAGAAAUAAUGUUAAAGAAAAUAAAACAGAAAGACGAAAAAAUAUCAUCGCUGCUAGAAAACUUGCAAGAAAUGGAAGAACGUCUGAACCAACUUGUUCAGAACGAAGAAAUUUUAGAAAACUUAAAAGAAACUUGUUUAAAACGUGAACAGGAAAUUGAUUUGCUAAAAAAGCAACAAGAAGAAAAAGACUUAAAUUUUCGUAAAGCUAUAGCGACUGCUAAAAAGCUUAAAUUUCAACUUCAGCAAGCAGCAAAAUCAAAAGAAGACCUAGAGAGUGAAAUAUCAACGCUAAAAAGUGAAGUGGAGAAAAAAGAUGCAAAUGGUGUCAAGGAUAAUGAUAAUAUUGUUGAAACAAGUGUCAAGGAACAGUUCCCCCUGGGAUCUGAAGAGCUUCGUCUUAAUAUCGAAUCAUAUGAACAGCAAAUCCAGGAUUUAGAAGAAAAAUGUCGGAGCAUGCAAGAUUUUAAGCAAGAAAUCGCAGAAUAUAAAACAUUGUUGUCGUCAAGAGAGGGAGAAAUUGCUAUAAUGAGAGAAGACUUGAAAUUGAAAGAAAAUAUUGCAAGUUCAAUACAAGCACAGCUGUGGGAAAAAGAAAAAUGUCUAAAUGAUUUAGAAGCAGAAAUAGAAAUCUUGCGUACUCAGUAUACGACAGAAAAAGACCGCUUGACAGAAAACAUAUUAAGAAUAGAAACUCAGAAAUCAGAAAUGCAGUCAGAAAUUGUAACACUGGAAGAACAAAAGCUGUCAUUGCACAAUGAACUUGCCCAUAAAUCCGAGGAGCUAGACAUAUUCAUGGUAAAUGCCAAACAGAACAGUCAAGAGAAAGAAAAAAUAAUUAACAAUAUGAAAGUUCAGCUUGAGAUUUUGAUGAAUAAAUCACAAGAAGAGAGUUCAGUGGAGGAAGUGACACAGAAGCAGAAGGAACUUGAGACCCAACUUGCUAAAAAGGAAGUGUCAUUAAAAGAGAGUGAGGAACGAAACAUCGAAUUAAGCAAUCUGUUACAGUCUUUACAACAAGAAGUAAGAAACAAAAGUGAACUGGCAAACACACUGCAGGAAACGUUGAAAGCAACAGAAAUUGAAAAAAGCCAGUUGGAUGAAUUAAACCAGACAAUCCAUAAAGAAAUUGAUGUGCUCAAUGAAAAAGUCUCCUCCAUGUCAAAUUCUCUGGAACAAAAAGAGGAUUUACUCUCCAGAGUGACAAACUUUGCAAAACAACAUUAUCAACGGAUAAUGCGCAGUGAAUGUGUAACGGAAGACAUUGAAGAAAUAUUUUUAGAAUUACAUAAAUAUACCGAUCAAGAGUCAACUUCAAAUAAUCAAUCACAAGAUAUGGAAGAACUUGAAAAAUCCCUUGCUUCGCUAGAAAAACAAAACAAAGAGGAAAAAGAAAAAGUGCAAAACUUGGAACAAAGCUAUAAUGCAUUACUUGAGGAAAAUUCUACGCUUACGGAACAACUAUCAGCUAUUAAAAAUGACAUUCAACAAGGUGCUGUACACAAAGAAUCUUGGGAUGACCUUGUCGGACAAUUAACUAUUGCAAACGAUGAGAGAAAUGAUUUGACGAUGCAAAUUCAGAAUUUAACGACAGAACAAAAUAAAGUUGUUGAAGAAAACAAUUCCCUGAGAGGCAUCAAUCAUAGGCUAUCAACUGAGAACAGAACACAAUUGGAACAAUUAAAGGACUUAACAAGCAAAAAUAUUGAAUUAGAAAGUAAGCUGUCUGAAGCGAAUAGAUAUCUUCAGGAAAUGUCUGAGAAAGUAAAUCGAAACGAGUCUUCUAUGGCAAAUAUGACUUUGUCAAUUGCAAGUCUUUCAGCUGAAAAUGAUAAACUGAAGGAGGAAAAUACAAGGUUGAACUCAUUAAGCAACGAAUUUGAAAAGGAUAAGGAAGAAUAUGAGAAGAAACACAACGCUAUUGUUAGUGAAAAUCAAUUCCUUUUGUCAAAGAUUAGCAAUUUUACAGCGGAUAGUGACAACAUGGCAAAGCAAGAAAUAUUUAAGGCCACUGCAACACCUAAAUUAACUACUAAUUUCACGGAUACAGAGGUUCUUAAAGAAAGCGAACAUCUGAGAAAAAGUGGAUUAGAUAAUAUUAACACACAGGAAGAACUUGAAACUGCUAAAGAAAGAUUGAAAAUAAUGGAAGAAGCACAAGAAAAAACAAAUGAAAAAUUAAAACUUUCUGAGACAAAGUGUGAGAAAAUGCUCGUUAAAUUGAAAGCAUUUAAAACAAAGUGCGACAAGCUCCAAGAAGAGGUUAACAGUUUGAAAAAGGUAACUGAAGAAACUGGAAACUCACAAAAGACUCAUGCAGAAGAUUAUUUAUCCCGAGUUCAAGAAUUAGAAGUAAUGUGCUCAGAGAAAGAUGAAAGCAACAAUGUUCUUUCCUGUGAAAUAAAAGAAAUGAAAACGAAACUAUCGGAAUUGGAAUCAGCAAAAGAAGUUCAACAUAGUAUAGAGGAGGAGUUGAAAGGCAAAUUAAAAGCCUUGCAAGACGAACUGAAUAAAUCUUUUCAGGAGUUACAAGAAAGAGAUUUGAAACUUUCCUCAACCCAAGAAGAUAUCACGCAUUUUAAGAAUGAAAUAUCAUCAUUAGAAAACUUUGCAGAGAAUCACAAGCAAAAAGAAAUGGAACUUUUGGACAGAGUUUCUGAACUUCAAAGCAAAUUAAAUGAUACUGAAGAAUUGAAACCUCUGUUGGAAACCACAGAACGAAAACACGAGGAAUCAGAAAGAAAAUUGGAAGAUAGUUUAAUGCUUUGUGAUUCUCUAGAAGUUGAAAAUAAGAGUUAUAAGGAUAUCAUAGCGAAACUUAAAGAAAACAUCUCUAAGCUUGAACAGGAAAGAAGAAAUGCUGAAGAAAAGCAAUUGGAAAGAAAAACUCUUUUAGAAAAAAUCGAAAUGCUCGAAAGUGAACGGGAUCAAAUGCAAGAAGAAAUAGAUGGUUAUAGAGAGGACUUUAAUGUAUUAAAGGCCGAAAAGAACGAAUUGAAAAACAAAUGUGAAUCGAUUCAGUCAAAACUAGAUGAUAGUUCAGAUGAAAAUAAUAAGUUAAAAGAAAAAAUUGGAGCCCUGGAGUGGAAAGUCGAGGAAAUCGAAUCUCUGGAAGAGGAACUUGAAGAAGUGAGGUCAGAUCUUGAUAAAAAGAAGCUAGAAAUAAAUCAUAUUAUAAGAGAAAGAGACAAUUUCCAGUCUGAGUUAGAACAGAUUUUGAACACCGGUAAUAAAGGAGAGGACAUCGAAUCUAUAAAACUUGAGCUUGAAAAGGUUUCGGAAAGAAAUGAAAAAUUAGGAGAAGAGUUAGAAUCUUCUACAAAACAGAAAAUCGCUAUUACGAAUGAAGUAGACCAUCUUAAGGAGGAACUAAAAGAAGCAGCGGAAAAGGUUUCUAUGUUUGAGGUUUUGCAACAAGAAAACGUAAAAUUAAAAGCUGAGUUUGAUAGAGAGACAAAUAACGGUUUCAAAGAAACAAAAACUGUCUCUAAUGAAAGUGCGGCAGAAAAAAUAAAAGAGCUAGAAGAAGAGCUUGAGUUGAUAAGAGAAGAGUUAAAUGAAACUGUGUCUGAAAAUGAAACUCUCAGAAGUAAGACGCAGGUGUCGGAAUACAAAGCUCUUCUUUUUGACAAACUUCAGAGCGAUUACGAAGCUUUGAAAUCGGAAAUGGAAUCGUUAAAAGGAAAUGUGGCACGAGAGACAAAUGCUGAGUCUUUUGAUACCCUGAAAGAAAAGUUGAAUGAAAGGGAAAGUGAAGUCCAGCAGUUGAAAUCGAAAAUGUCCACGAUGAAUAUUGAAUCUUCUGUAAAAAAAGAAGAUGUUAUGCAUGUUAGGUCAACACCGAGUGAUCUUGAAAAAGAAUUAAAUGAUAAACAAGAUCAAAUUGAUUCUAUAUUAGAGGAACUCAGUGAGCUAACAACAGAGAAUGACGUUUUAAAUGGAGAGAUAGCACAUUUGAAGAUUCAGAACAAAAUGUAUGAUGAAGUUAAAAAAGAGUUCGGGUCUUUAAAUGAUCAAAAUCAUAAAUUGCUGACCGAAAACAGUAAAAUGGUUAAAACUAUUGAGGAGCUUCACCAGAAAAUGCUGAAUGUAGGCAGUCACGACGAGUCGUUUUUAAACGAAGAAAGAGAACACGUUGCACGAGAGAAAGACACUUUAUUACAGAACAUAAAACAACUAGAGAAAAAUUGCGAAGAACUUAGCCAGAAAAAUUCGAACUUAAGUCUGGAGCUUCUCGCUAACGAAGGUUUAAUACAACAGCUAAGGUUUGAUAAUGAGACAAUGAGAGCCCAGCUAGGCAUUGCUCAGAGUGGGCAAAUUCAAAUGGAAAAUUUCCAUGAUGACUAUCAACGUCUUCAAGGACAGUUUUCAACAGCAAUGGAUCAGAAAAACAAGGCACAAUCUGAACUUAACCAGAUGGCUCAUAGACUACAACAGAGAGAUGCAAGAUGUCAGCAGCUGGCAAUGCAGAUAAGUCAAUUGGCCGAAGACAGAAGCUAUCUCAACAUUCAGUUAGGAAACCUGUCAAAGUCUUUGAGGGAAAAAGAAACUGAGCUGGCAACACUGCAGCAACAGUAUAGGAUACUUUACCAAACACACCUGUCAUUGCAAACUAAGCUGCUUGAGUCAGAGACAAAAACCAUUAACAUCGCCAUGCAGAGAGCAUCGUCCGUGGAAAUAGCAGAGGCUUCUGAGAAGCCCAUAAUUCCUGAGAAAACACGGGUAACAAUGACAACUGCCGAGACAUCAGAAGCAGAUGAAAUAAAACUUCUACGUUCCAAGCUGCAAGAGACAGAACUGGUGCGAGAGCGACUAAAUGAUCAACAUUUGGCACUUGAGAAAUCCCUUAGAAUGGAACAGGAACAACGUCAACAGCUGGAGGAAACCCUCAACACAAUGCAGGAGCAGGCCAGGCUGACAGCAGAAAAUAGAGAGUUCCAAAUUCAAAUGGAGGAAGAAGACGACAGGAUUCUGGAGAGCAGUCCCAUGCUAAUGAGAAGCGAGGCGGGUUAUACACAGAGAGUAUGCAACUGGUUAAGGGUUCGUCGUGGGGAGAUUCGAGUCUCACUGCUGAGCAUUGCAUAUCAUAAGAACGAUGCCAUUAUGUGAUAUAAAUUAUUUUUGCAAGAAUAAA